ACUACUACUACUACUACUACUACAAGAAUUAAGAGUGAGGAUUAAAGAAGAAGAAGAAGAACUACCACAACAACAAUAACAAGAACAAGUAGUGGUGGUGGUGGUGGUAGUGGUGGUGAUGGUGGUUGAGGGGGUGCCGCCCCCCUCCACCCUAACAUGAGUGGACCAGAGGGUGGCGGGAGUGGAGGCACCAGGGAGGUUCACAAAAAUGGCUGGCUCAAGAGAAUGCCAAGCCAAGAAAGGAGGUUGUCUGUCAUGGCGCCCUUCACUAAGCCAGCUAAGGGUGAAAAAGUGUGGGUGUCUUUCUGCGUGCACGAUGAGACAGAAGGCUGGCUGGAGUUUUACGAGAACCGCCGCUCAGCCUUCAGUCACAACCCACUCCAGCGCACCUCCCUCGCCCGCUGCCUGCACGUGUCCCCCUCCAUACGUGUGCACGAGGACAAUGAACAUGUGUUUGCUAUUACCUUAGAAGGGGAAGUUAUCAAAUUGGGCGCGCAGAGCAGGGAACAGAUGCUGGAAUGGAUAGAUGCCCUAGGAAGUCGCCUGCGGGAGCUUGGCGUGCUCACCCCGAAGGACAACCUCUACAGCAGGGAGCCGGAGGGGGGUCUGCGCUCCCCUAUGCUCCGGAACCCCGCCAGCCCCCUCCCGCCGACCCCCACCGCCUUCCAGUUUCCCCCCCACGCUAUGGAGUUCAGAGAGGAGGUGUCCAGCCUGCACUCCCUGCGGCUUGGUGUGAGUCCCGCCGGCAGCAUCACCCUCCCUGCGCUUUCCUCCAUGCACAGUCUGAACUCAGUCUCCUCUGGCCAUUCCUCUGACCCCAACACCUCCCCAUCCUCCGUGGUGACUUACGUGCGGCCUGACUACCCCCCACUCAAUAGGAGGUCUUCGUUCCGCGCAUCCCUGCCCAGCUCGCCCACCACCCCAGCAAGCAGUACUGGAUCACUCACCUACCUGCGAUCACCCCCAGGACCCCAGGCAGCACCACGCGACCAACAACAACAGCAACAACAACAACAACAACAGCAACAACAACACGUGACAGUGAUAAACGUUCCCUCGCCUUCCACCUCUGUCUUCAACUUCGACACCGUUGGAGCAGCCUUGGAAUCCAGCGGUAGCAUGGCCUCCUCACAGCUGUACGGCGCCCCUCACACCCCAGCCACACCCCACACCCCAGACACCCCCGUGGAGCCAGACACCCCUACUGAACUAUACCCUGACCCAAACACGCUACGAAUAGGUAUUGGAAACUCUUUAGGUGUUGGUGGUGGUGGUGCUAGUGGUGGUGUAGGUGGUGUUGGUCGACCGCCAUUACCACCAGCGCAAAGAGGAUACGGUGUAGGAUACGGUGCUGUAGGAUGGAGUGGCGGUGUGGAUGUUGAGAGUUCCUAUGAGCCACUAUUCCUAGCGACUAGUGAGGUGCCUCCUACUGCCCCUCAAGCGCCACAGACAGGCCUUCUUCGGCGUCGGUCGGAGCAUAGGCGGUCUGGCAGGAGGGAUAAUGCUCGCCGUGCUGCCUCUGUAGGUCCUGCUAUCACGCCAAGGCCUCAUCAGGGCGGAGCGACUGGAGGAGGAGGAAGUGGAGGAGGAAGUGGAGGAGGAGCAGGAGGUGGUGGUGGUGGAGGAGGAGGAGGAGGAGGAGGAGGAGGAACAAGCACACAGCAGCAGCAGCAGAGCCAGUACCAGGUGGGGCAGGAUGGCAGGUUAAUGAGCCUAAGAGAACAGCAGGUGAUAAGACUGCAGAGGGAGAUCGCGCACCAGGCUGGGGUGAGGUUGACAUUGAGAAAGAAAGAUUGCUGUCAUACUGUCGCCUUUGUCAACGUGUUUGAUCAUGUGUACGUGGCGGGGUGGAAGCAGCGAGAACACCCGUACCUGCACAACACCUUCCACAUCGGCGACAGGCUGGUCAGUGUGUGUGGCGUGCAGGUCAACACCGCCUCGGAGGUCAACACCAUCAUCAAGAACGAACCCAGUGCCAUGAUUGAGUUUAUAAUUCGACGUGUUCCUCAUGGCCGAGUGUUUGCACUGAAGAGGGAGACGGAAGGACAGCCGCUGGGAGUCAUUAGGGAGGGAAAUACAGCAGAAAUAAAGGAGAUUGUUCCUGGCGGGCUGGCUUCCCUCCAUGGCGUGCCCCCGAAAGCUCAAACAGUGGACUCCUUAUCGAUGUGUUCCUGGGUCCUCACUGAGAUAAACCACCGCCCGCUCAACCUCUUCUUCAAGCACAUGGAAAUAGCCGACCGUCUGAACGCAGUUGGGCGGGACAUUUCAAUCCUCGUUCAACCAAUGGACCUAGUCAAACACCUCAAGAAGGGACUCAAGGCACUCAAGGCUUACAAGGACUAUAUCGUCAUGUGAGACAGAGAGAGAGAGAGAGAGAGAGAGAGAGAGAGAGAGAGAGAGAGAGAGAGAGAGAGAGAGAGAGAGAGAGAGAGAGAGAGCGAGAGACAAGAGAGAGAGAGAGAGAGAG